AUGGAGCCCCUGGUGAUUGCUCUCCGCUCGUCGCGAGAGAUCUGCGGCCUAAGAAUAAGCGGUAUAGAGGAAAGACUGGCACUGUAUGCGUACGACCUUAUCCUGUUCCUAGCAGACGCGGGCCAGUCACUACGGGAAGCACUGAGAAUUUUAGACACCUUUGCAAGCUUCUCGGGGCUGCGGGGACGUGUGGACUUCCUACAGCUCAUGCUGGAUUCUAGGACAGAAGACAUUAAUGGUCUGAACAAAGAACAAAAAGCACUGACAGAUUCAGAAAUAAUGGCCCAAUCUGUUGUUUUUAUACUCGCUGGAUAUGAGACCACUAGUUCGACACUGACCAGUCUAUUUUAUAACCUGGCAACACAUCCUGAUGUACAACAAAAACUUCAGGAGGAAGUUGACUUAUAUCUGCCCAGCAAGGCCAGCCCCACCUAUGACAUUCUGAUGCAAAUGGAAUAUCUGGAUAUGGUGAUUCAGGAAACUCUCCGCAUGUACCCUCCUGCAGGAAGAGUGGAAAGGAUUUCAAAGCAAACUGUUGAAAUCAAUGGUGUUACCAUACCAAGAGGGAUGGUCUGUAUGAUCCCAGCAUAUGUGUUGCAUAACGAUCCAGAAUACUGGCCAGAACCCGAGGAGUUCCGGCCUGAAAGGUUUAGCAAGGAAAACAGAGAAAAUUACACUCCAUACACCUUCCUGCCCUUUGGAGAUGGACCUCGAAACUGCAUUGGAAUGAGAUUUGCUAUGCUAAGCAUGAAAGUAGCAACGGCUGCCAUCCUCCAGCACUUCAUUUGUCGACCCUGUAAAGACACCCUGAUCCCUAUGGAGUUGAGCACUCAAGGUUUCAUGCAGCCCAAGAAGCCAAUUAUUUUAAAAUUUGUAUCUCGAGCUUGAAAAGGGAAUGGCUGGAUUCAGAAUGU